CUACGAGGCACCACAGAGAUUGCGUGCGCGAAAAGGCACGCAUGCGCAAACGCAUCUGGGCGGAGGGAACGAAUCGAGAACUUCGUACACUGCAGCAGGACUGGACUCCGAAAGAGACGAUGGUUAAAGACUACUACCAUAUCCUCGGCAUCGGCAAGGAUGCCAGCAAGAACGACGUCGUGGAGGCCUACCGGAAGCUCGCCUGCAAGUACCAUCCAGACAUUAACAAGUCUCCGGAGGCCGUAGAGAAGUUCAAGGAGAUUGACGAGGCGUUCGAGGUGCUGAGCGACAAAAAGAAGCGAGACUUCUACGACCGCAUCGGCAGUAGAACCGACACUGCAGGAGCAACCGAGCGACACCAAGAGCCGACCAUUUAUUACGACGUGCCCGUGUCACUCGAGGAAGUGUACAACGGUUGCACAAAGAAAAUUAAAAUCACGAGAACGGUGACGGGCCCAGACGGUCAGACGCCGAAGCCGGAGAGCAAGUUGUUCGAUAUCAAAGUGAAGCCCGGAUGGAAAGAAGGCACCAAGGUCAGGUUCCAUGGCGAAGGUGACCAGCUUCCCAACACCAUCCCCGCCGACGUCGUGUUCAUCAUACGCGACAAGCCGCACCCGUACUUCAAGAGGGAUGGAGCGGAUGUCCUCUACGUCGCAAAGAUCACUUUCAAGGAGGUAAGUGAUAAUGACCUGACGGCUCACACGAAGUUUGCGUUGCGCACCAAGCUAUCAACACCAGACAUUCUAAUCCUCAUCAAGGAGGAAGUUCGGAGCAACAUUCCAAAGUAUGGAGAGCACGUGGUCAUGACCCUCGACCUCAAGGGGGCCUUCUAA